UUACCUCAAUGUAUUAUUAGUUGAGCAAUUAGUUCAAAACAGUUGUAAUUAACGUGACCUGAACGCAGAGAACGUGCUCAUUGCUUAAUAACAGGCUUGGGAUAACGUGUGGAGCACCGGCAGACCUGCAAGCGCUGAAGAGAUGCGAAAGUACUUUAAAGCUGCGAGGGAGAGCUGGAGCAUCCCCCCAGCGCCCCACAUCACGAGUUUUGAACGUUGUCCUGUGUUCUUCUCACAGGUUCCUCAGGACAGAGACACGCCAGUUCUGAGAUGAGCUCCUGAGCAGCAAAGAGCCAUCGCUUGGGCAGUACGUGACGUGUGGCCAGAGCAUCACAGAGAAACAAACCUUCAAGUGCUGUGAAACCCCCCUUCCAUCCAUGCUGCCUUGGUCAAUGGUCCAGGCCAGCAGCUGAGGAGAUGGCGCAGAGCACCCAGCUCCAGCCCAGCUUUGAGGACGUUUUUCAUAUUCUAUCCCAGAUCCCUCAAGAAAAACUCCUGAACCUCAAACAUAAACUGAAGCACUUGGUAUUUGGGCCCAGCAGCAAACUGCUGCAAGCCAUGGUUCUGCUUGCUCUGGGGCAAGAAACGGAAGCAAGAAUUUGUUUGGAUGCCUUGGGAGAUAACCGGGCAGCCCAGUAUGUCCACCAGACCAAACUGGGCGCUGCAGGAGUGCAGGAAGAUGGGGAGGAUUUGCAGCCUCCCGAGCUGGAUGCGGGUGCCAUGGAGCUUCUGGCCCAGAUCUACACAGUGCUGGUGAAGGAGAAACUGUGCAGCCAUGAAGCCAUGGAGAAAGCCUGCCAGGCUGCCAGCGAAGCCUGCAAGGAAACUCCACCGGGACCACUCAGCAGCAUUCCACCCAGGGAGCAGGGAGAACACGGCCCUGCUGCCAGCAGGGCCUCAGGUGACAAACGGCAGACGCUGAGAUCUGAUGCGGCCGCAGGAUUUCUCCUUCCAGCCACCCCAAACUACGUGGUGAGAAGUUCUCCGGUGCAGACAGGCAUCAACUCAGACCUGUCACGCCUUUCAGGCCCGCGGAGUUUGCGCUCCUCGGAGAGCCCCUCGUGCUCCUUGGAGGAUCCCUCUUUCCCCAGUCACUUCGAGAUCAGCGCGUCACCAACAGUCGUUCUUCAGAGCCAGACCCCCCCCCCGGCGCGUGCACAACAGCCUGACGGGGACAGGCAGAGCCGUGGCCUGCAGGGAACAACCUGCACCAGACCCAGCUCUCAUCCUGCCCAAGUCCUCCCAGCGGAGAACGCGCCACAGGCCGGUUCACGUCAUCCAACUGUCCCCAUUCCUGACCCCACGAUGGGUGCUGUGAACCAACCUGUUGAAAGCAGUGAUGUCUCCAGCACAGUGGCAGCAGAACCUCAGGUGCCAAAAGAAAACACAGACAGAAAGCAAGGGGAAAAGCAAUCAUCUACAGGUCUUCCUGCCUCAAGGGCUGCAGUGGGUACUGGUCCUGCCCACGUGUUCACGGAGGAGUCCCAUGUUCCAGGAGGCAUUCCUUCUAACUCUGCAUCUGCUUCCAUUUCAACUCGUUCACUUCCUCCUCCGACCUAUUCCUUCUCCUCAACCCUUCCCCCUCUUCAGGGACCUCAUUCCAACUUGCCAUAUCCCCCACGCUCCCACUCAUCCCCCUCUCUUGCCUGGCCUCCUCCUCUCCAAACUGCAGAACCAGGUCCCGCAUCAGAGCCAGAUGGUGGAAAGUUCUUCACUUUUGUUGUCCUGCAUGCUAGUGAAGAUGAGAUCGUUGCCCAUCGGGUCAAGGACCUGCUGGAGAACAUGGGGGUUCCCAACGGUGCUACACUCUGUGAGAACUUUGCCAUUGCUGGACGCAGCCAUAUGACUUGCUUCCAGGAUGCUAUGGAAAACUCUGCUUUCAUCAUCCUUCUGCUGACCAAGAACUUCCCGUGCGACCUCUGUAUGUUUCAGACAAACACUGCUCUGAUGGAGUCCAUCAUGAAUCCAGCCAAGCGCGACUCAGUCAUCCCUUUUAUACCCGAGGAGAACCCCCUGCAGUGGAGCCAGAUUCCUGCUGUGCUUGGUGGGCUCACACCUUUGGAUGAGAAAUCUCCUGGCUUCUCCCGGACAGUGCGGAACACCUUUACCACCAGCAGGAUCAAUGAGAAGAAAGACUCCUGGGACCUGCUGCAGAGAAAGAAACUGCAGCUGCGAGAGGAGCGGUACCGAACGCUGCCGAACGUGGCUGCCCUGAACCUUGGCUCCAUCCCUCCAUCGGCAACACGGCCCCCACUGCUGGAGCACCCACCCCACCAGUGGUGCCCCCCCGCUGGAGGUGGCCACAGGCCUGCUCACAUGGGUUCUCCUCCUGGCCAGCCCCCCUCAGGCCACUACAACGUGCUGCCGGGUGCAGGAGGCAUCCCACCCCUCAUCAUCCAGAACGCCCGCAUGGUUCAGAUCGGCAACCACAACGUGAUGCAGGUCGAAACUGUCACACCAGGUCCAAAGGCCACUGAGGAAGACUCCAGGUAGAGUGUUUGAUCAGAGGAGCAGCAAGUCAGCCAAGGCUGGAGCUGCUCACGCUUAGUUUUAAACCCAAAAUGAGUGAUUCUGCUGGGACUGGCACUGCUUUUAUUUCACUGGGGGUUAAAAGUGCCACGUUCCUGGAGCACAGGAGAAAAUGACCUGCUUUUGUGUUGGACGAAAGAGGCUGCAGUCUCCUGAGACUAUUUUCCUUCUGCUUCUUUGUAAGUAAAUGAGAAAAGACUUUUUAACUGAGAAAACUCUUGAUUUUGAGGCUUCUGGAUGGGUUUAGAAAUAAAUUCUAAUUAAUUGA